AUGCACUGUCCAUUCAGGAAUCAGGAUGUGGCAGAUAUGGAGGCUGCUGAGCAGCUCAUUAUAGUUGAGAACAAAAAUCAACGGAAAAAAUUGGAAGCAACCGAAAGCCGGCCGAACCGAACCGAAGCGAUUGAAAUCCAAUUUUCCACAAACAAGCUUGUUAGUAAGUUUCCAAUGGUUUCCACUAGCUCUGAAAGACCCUCUUCAUCAUAUUCAACACCUAUACAGCAAUACGAUGAUUUUAUCAGUUUUCGGGGUGAAGACACCCGCAAUACCUUUACAGACCAUUUAUAUGAGGCAUUGGAACGGGCGCACUUUGUUGUAUUUAGAGACGACAAAAGUAUCCAACCAGGAGAAUAUAUUUCUUCAGCGCUCAUUGAGGCAAUAGAAGGGUCCCAGUAUGCAAUCGUUGUUUUAUCAGAAAAUUAUGCUACUUCCAAGUGGUGUUUGGAUAAACUUGUCAAAAUUGUUGAAUGCAAAAAUAAGACGGGACAAACAGUGUUGCCGGUCUUUUACAAUGUAAAACCCUCUAAUGUACGCAAACAGACUGGGCCAUUUGCAAUUGAUAUUGCUCAUGGAACCAGCGUCAACGAUGAGAGGAUACAGAAGUGGAGGGAUGCAUUGAGACUAGUGGCCAAUAUAGCCGGAUGGGAUAUGGACCUAAGGUAA